AUGAGAAUGAAUAUAAAACUUGUUUUCUUCAUAUUUAUGCUUACUGCAGCGUUACUGGAAGCAAAACUAAACCUCUGGACAAACUUAACACACUCUCAGAAAGUAAUACUCAAUUAUCUGUUUCCUAAGGAUCCCGAUAUAGUAAGAGUAAGAAAGCCAGAAGAAAUCCAAACAGUAAACAAUGUAACUACAUUGGAUUUUGUCGGAUUGGUAGAAAGAUAUGGUUACCCUACCGAAGAGCAUUACGUCACAACGGAAGAUGGUUACAUCUUGGUAAUACAUAGAAUAUUAGGAAGUCCAUUGUCUACAGGUCAUCAAAGAAAAAAAAUUGUGUUUCUUCAACAUGGUAUUAUAUGUUCAUCUGAUUGUUGGGUGAUGAUCGGUGCUGAGAAAGACCUUGCAUUUUUAUUGGCUGAUGGAGGAUAUGAUGUAUGGCUUGGAAAUUUAAGGGGAACUUCUUAUUGCAGAUCACAUAUAAAAAUAUCUCCAAGAAGUAAGGAGUUUUGGCAAUUUAGUUAUCACGAGAUGGGAAUAAGAGAUCUGCCAGCUAUGAUUGAUUAUAUACUUAGUUAUACAAAACAACAAUCUCUGCACUACAUCGGUCACUCAAUGGGAACUACUACAUUAUUCAUUUUACUAUCCAUGAGACCUGAAUACAAUGCAAAAAUAAAAUUGGGAAUCUGCCUUGCACCGAUCGCUAUUUGGAAAGAAAGAAUUCCUUUACCGGAAUUAAUUUUUAACAAUUUAUCAAAGAUUAAGGAAUUUCUUUAUUCUAAUGAAAUAUAUGAAGUAGCCUCCUUAUCAUCAACGAGUAUUACGGUGGGAAGAACAUUGUGUUCAAAUAAGGCAAUUACUCAGGCUGUCUGUAUUGCAAUAAUAUUUCUAAUUGCCGGAUCUGAUCCAAAGCAAUUAAACAUUACGAAAUUGCCAGAAAUAUUAUCGAAUUAUCCGGACGGCGCUUCCGUGCAAACAUUCGAACAUUAUAUUCAAAAUAUCAUAACAAAGAAAUUUCAAACUUACGAUUAUGGAUAUGUUGGCAAUUACAAUAAAUAUGGACAGGUACUACCUCUAAUAUAUGAUCUUAAAAAAGUCACUAUCCCCUUGGCUAUAUUCUACGGUGCUAACGAUAUGGUUGCUUUAAAACCGAAUGUCCUCGAGACAUAUAAGUACCUGCCGAAUGUUAUUCUGUUGGAGGAAAAUCAUUAUAAAUUGUUUAAUCAUUUGGACUUUUUAUGGGCUAUUGAUGCUAAAACUCUACUAUACGAUCGUGUACUAGACUUACUUCAAAAGUUUGAUAAUCAGUUAUAUCAUAUAACUGUUGAUGGUUACAAGUUAUAUAGUGAUGUCGUUAUCCUUAAUAUAAAUAUCGCAAUGAGAAUCAAUAUGAAACUUGUUUCAUUUAUAUUUCUGCUUGCUGUUGUGCUGCUGAAAGUAAAGCUACAUCUCUGGGAAGACCUAUCAGUCUUUCGAAAACUAAUAUUAAACUAUCUAUUUCCUAAGGAGCCCAAUAUAGUGAGAGUAAGGAAGUUAGAAGUCAAAACACUGUUGCAGAACAAUAUAACUAUAUUGGAUUUUGUCGGUUUGGUAGAGUCAUAUGGUUACCUUGCUGAAGAGCAUUACAUCACAACAGAAGAUGGUUAUAAUUUGGUGAUACACAGAAUAUUAGGAAAUCCGAGAUCUAAAGAUCGAAAAAGAACAAAAGUUGUAUUCCUUCAAGCUGGUCUAUUUUGCUCAUCUGAUAUUUGGGUGGUGAUCGGUGAUGGCAAAAGCCUUGCAUUUUUAUUGGCUGAUGAAGGAUAUGAUGUAUGGCUUGGAAAUUAUAGGGGAAAUACUUAUUGCAGAUCACAUGUAAAAUUAUCUCCACAAAAUAAGGACUUUUGGCAAUUUAGUUAUCAUGAGAUAGGAACAAGAGAUCUGCCAGCUAUGAUUGAUUAUGUACUUAAUUACACAAACCAAACAACUCUAUAUUACAUCGGCCUCUCAAUGGGGACUACUGAAUUAUUCGUCUUAUUAUCCAUAAGACCCGAAUACAAUGCAAAAAUAAAAUUAGGGAUUUGCCUUGCUCCAAUCGCUAUUUGGAAAGAAAUGUCUCUUCUAUUAAAAUAUCUUCUCUACUGGAAUAAUAUAAUACUAUACUUAAAGGAAUUUCUUGAGUCUAAUGAAGUAUAUGAAAUAGGCUCUUUAUCAUCAAUGACUAUUACGAUAGGAAGGACACUGUGUGCAGAUAAGGCAAUUACUCAGGUUGUCUGUACUGGAAUAAUAUAUCUAAUCGGCGGAUUCAAUCCAGCGCAACUUAACACUACGAUAUUACCGGAAAUAUUAUCGGUUUUUCCUGCUGGCUCUUCAGUGCAGUCAAUACUCCAUCUUUACCAAAAUAUAAUUACAAAGAAAUUUCAAGCAUAUGAUUAUGGAUAUUUCGAUAAUUACAAGCAAUAUGGACAAAUAAUCCCUAUAAUGUAUAAUCUUACCAAAGUUACUGCGCCUUUGGCUAUAUACUAUAGCACUAACGAUUUGCUUACUCCAAAAGCGAAUAUUCUCGAAAUACGUAAGCAUCUACCAAAUGUCAUUCUGCUAGAGGAAAACAUAUUAUUUAACCACUUCGAUUAUUUAAUAGCCAUUGAUGUUAAAAUUGUGGUAUAUGAUCAUGUAAUGGAAUUACUUAAGAAAUUUAAUAAUGAGAUGUAG